AUGGCCGCCAAUGUGGGAUCGAUGUUUCAAUAUUGGAAGCGAUUUGAUCUACGGCGACUCCAGAAGGAGCUUAAUUCCGUCGCUUCCGAGCUGUCUGCGCGGCAGGAGGAGAGUGAACAUUCUCAUAAACAUUUAAUUGAACUCCGCCGGGAAUUUAAGAAAAAUGUACCUGAGGAAAUCAGAGAGAUGGUGGCUCCUGUAUUGAAAAGCUUCCAAGCUGAGGUGGUGGCCCUUAGUAAGAGAAGCCAGGAGGCAGAGGCGGCUUUUCUGAGUGUUUACAAGCAAUUAGUUGAAGCACCAGACCCUGUGCCUACAUUGGAGGUGGCGCGUAGCCUGGACGACAGACUGCAGCCCCCCAGUUUGGACCCCAGCAGGCAGCCCCGGCGGGACCUCCACGCUUCUUGGAAGAGGCACCCCGAGCUCCUUGGCCACAAAGAGCAGAAAGAGGGGACGUCCCCAGCCGUGCCCACGCUGACCGAGGGGAGCCGCCUGCCCGGCAUCGCUGGGAAAGCCCUCCUGACAGAAGCCUUGCUGCAGAGAAAUGAGGCCGAGAAACAGAAGGGCCUUCAAGAAGUGCAGGUCACGCUGGCAGCCAGACUGGGGGAGGCAGAGGAGAAGAUCAAGGUCCUACAUUCAGCGUUAAAGGCCACGCAGACGGAGCUGCUAGAGCUGCGUCGCAAGUACGACGAGGAGGCCGCGUCCAAGGCAGAUGAGGUCGGCCUGAUCAUGACGAACCUGGAGAAAGCUAACCAGCGCGCUGAAGCCGCCCAGCGGGAAGUGGAGAGUCUCCGGGAACAGCUGGCCUCUGUCAACAGCUCUAUCCGCCUGGCCUGCUGCUCCCCGCAGGGACCCAGUGGGGAGAAGGUGAGCUUCGCCCUGUGCUCAGGGCCUCGGCUGGAGGCUGCCCUGGCCUCCAAGGACAGGGAGAUCCUGCGGCUGCUGAAGGACGCACAGCACCUCCGCAACUCUCUGCAGGAGCUGGAGGAGGCCUCUGCCAACCAGAUCGCGGACCUGGAGCAGCAGCUCACAGCCAAGUCCGAGGCCAUAGAGAAGCUAGAAGAAAAGCUCCAGGCACAGUCGGACUAUGAAGAGAUCAAAACAGAGCUGAGCAUCCUGAAAGCCAUGAAGCUGGCCUCCAGCACCUGCAGCCUCCCCCAGGGCCUGGCCAAACCUGAUGACUCACUACUCAUAGCAAAGGAGGCCUUCUUCCCAGCACAGAAGUUCCUUCUAGAAAAGCCCAGUCUUCUGACCAGCCCUGAGGAGGACCCUUCCGAGGACGACUCCAUCAAGGACUCUCUGGGCACAGAGCCAUCCUACCCCUCCCCUCAGCAGCUGCCACCUCCACCAGGACCUGAAGACCCAAUGUCCCCCAGCCCUGGGCAGGCCCUGCUGGGCCCCAGCCUGGGACCUGAUGGCCCGCGGACUUUCUCGCUGUCCCCAUUCCCCAGCCUGGCCUCAGGGGAAAGACUGGCUGGGGACACAUUGCUCUCCAAGCACAUGAUGCCCCCGGCCCCCUUCAAGGGAGAGGCAGGUGGCUUGCUGGUGUUCCCUCCAAGCUUCUAUAACACCAAGCCCCCCACGGCCCCAGCCACCCCAGCCCCUGCCCCUGAGCCCCCAGGGAGCCUCGAGCCUGCCGAUGGUGGCGGGGGCAGUGUGGCAGGCACCGGGGCAGAGGAGGAACAGCUGGACACAGCGGAGAUAGCCUUCCAGGUGAAGGAGCAGCUGCUCAAGCACAACAUCGGGCAGCGGGUGUUCGGCCACUAUGUGCUAGGGCUGUCCCAGGGCUCCGUCAGCGAGAUCCUGGCCCGGCCCAAGCCCUGGCGCAAGCUCACAGUGAAGGGCAAGGAGCCCUUCCUCAAGAUGAAGCAGUUUCUGUCAGAUGAACAGAAUGUGUUGGCCCUGAGGACCAUCCAGGUGCGGCAGCGAGGUAGCAUCACCCCACGAAUCCGCACACCUGAGACGGGCUCGGACGAUGCCAUCAAGAGCAUCCUGGAGCAGGCCAAGAAGGAGAUCGAGUCCCAGAAAGGGGGUGAACCCAAGAACUCAGCGGCCCCAUUGAGCAUCACCAACGGCACAGCCUCCACCAGCACCUCAGAAGAUGCCAUCAAGAACAUUCUGGAACAGGCUCGCCGUGAGAUGCAGGCCCAGCAGCAGGCCCUGCUGGAAAUGGAGGCAGGACCCCGGGGCCGCUCGGUGCCCCCUUCUCCCCCAGAGCGGCCCUCGCUGGCAGCCAUGAGCCAGAAUGGGGGCCCAGCCUACGUCAAGCAGGAGGACAGCACUGGAGGUGGCAGCGGGGGGACCAGCAGCAGUGCCACACAGACGUCCCUCACGGUCCUAUCCCCCGCAGCCUUUGUGCAAAGCAUCAUCCGGAAAGUCAAAUCAGAGAUUGGUGAUGCCGGCUACUUCGAUCACCACUGGGCCUCGGACCGCGGCCUGCUCAGCCGCCCCUAUGCCUCUGUCUCGCCCUCCCUGUCCUCCUCCUCCUCCAGCUACUCUGGCCAACCCAACGGGCGGGCCUGGCCCCGCGGAGACGAGGCGCCCGCUGCCCCUGAGGAUGAGGCAGCUGGGGGCGAGGAUGAGUCCCCCAGGGUGGGCGAACUGAAGGCAGAAGGGGGAGCCCCCGAGGUGGGCAGCAGCGGGCGGCUGGCCUACUACCCAGCCUAUGUGCCCCGCACCCUGAAGCCCACCGUGCCACCCCUGACCCCCGAGCAGUACGAGCUCUACAUGUACCGCGAGGUGGACACUCUGGAGCUGACGCGCCAGGUCAAGGAGAAGCUGGCCAAGAAUGGGAUCUGCCAGAGGAUCUUUGGGGAGAAGGUGCUGGGCCUAUCGCAGGGCAGCGUGAGUGACAUGCUGUCCCGGCCGAAGCCCUGGAGCAAGCUGACACAGAAGGGGCGGGAGCCCUUCAUCCGCAUGCAGCUGUGGCUCUCAGACCAGCUCGGUCAGGCCGUGGGCCAGCAGCCCAGCGCCUCCCAAGCCAGUCCUCCCGAGCUGCGGUCCUCACCUUCACCGCCCCCAAGCCCCCUGGAGCCUGAGAAGAGUUCCCAAGAGUCCUUGAGCCUGUCACUGGAGAGCAGCAAGGAGAACCAGCAGCCAGACGGCCGCUCUGGCUCCUCGCUGGGUGGGAAGAUGCACUCUGGCAGCCAGGCCGCGGGAGGCAUCCAGGAGAUUGUGGCUAUGUCCCCAGAGCUGGACACUUACUCCAUCACCAAAAGAGUCAAGGAGGUCCUCACAGACAACAAUCUAGGGCAGCGGCUGUUUGGGGAGAGCAUCCUGGGCCUGACCCAGGGCUCUGUGUCUGACCUGUUGUCCCGGCCCAAACCCUGGCACAAGCUGAGCCUGAAGGGGAGGGAGCCCUUUGUCCGCAUGCAGCUGUGGCUCAGUGACCCCCACAAUGUGGAGAAGCUGAGGGACAUGAAGAAGCUAGAGAAGAAAGCCUACCUGAAACGCCGCUAUGGCCUCAUCAGUACUGGCUCGGACAGUGAGUCUCCAGCCACGCGCUCCGAGUGCCCCAGCCCCUGCCUGCAGCCCCAGGACCUGAGCCUCCUGCAGGUCAAGAAGCCCCGCGUGGUGCUGGCGCCCGAGGAGAAGGAGGCGCUAAGGAAGGCUUACCAGCUGGAGCCCUACCCCUCCCAGCAGACCAUCGAGCUGCUGUCCCUCCAGCUCAACCUGAAGACCAACACCGUCAUCAACUGGUUCCACAACUACAGGUCCCGGAUGCGCCGGGAGAUGUUGGUGGAGGGAACCCAGGACGAGCCAGACCUCGACCCAAGUGGGGGUCCUGGUGUCCUGACACCAGGCCACUCCCAGCCGGACCCUGCCCAGCCGGACCCUGACUCAGAAGCUGAGGACCAGAAGCCCACUGUGAAGGAACUGGAGCUUCAGGAGGGCUCUGAGGAGCGCAUCAUGCCCCUGACUGCCCCGGACAGGUCCCAAGUGAGGAUCAAGCAGGAGCAGAGCGAGGAGGACACUGAGGAGGAAGUGGGAGGCCAGCCCCAGGACCCAGGGGAGCCAGACAAAGGCCAAGGACCCCCCAAAGAGGAGCAUCUUGACCCUCUGAGUAAUGAUGGACUCCCAAGAGUGGCCCCAGAGCCCCUUCUUUCAGGCGGAAACACCUCAGACUGCACCUCACUACAUCCCCCCGAGGAGAGUGAGGCUGGGGGGCGGCUUCACUCGGACCCUCUGAGUUUUAAGUCAGCCUCGGAGUCCUCGCGCUGCAGCCUGGAGGUGUCACUGAACUCGCCCUCAGCUGCCUCCUCACCAGGCCUCAUGAUGUCUGUGUCACCUGUCCCCUCCUCGUCAGCCCCCAUCUCCCCAUCCCCACCUGGUGCCCCCCCUGCCAAAGUGCCGAGUGUCAGCCCCACUGCCGACACAGCUGGGGCCUUGCACCCCAAUGCCAAGGUGAACCCCAAUUUGCAGCGGCGGCAUGAGAAGAUGGCCAACUUGAACAGCAUCAUCUAUCGGCUAGAGAGGGCUGCUAACCGGGAGGAGGCCCUGGAGUGGGAAUUCUGA